AUGAAUUCCAAGAGCGCUAAAGAUCUCAUUAUUGGCAAGUGGGGCUUAAAGUCGGGUAGCUCCAGGCCUAAGCGUGAUCCCGAGAAGGGCAAGCGGGAGAAGGCGGCUCUGGGAGAACCGGGGAGGGAGGAGGAGAAGGAGGAGGAGGUCGUGAAAGGGAAGAGCAAAGCGUCCGGCCCGGAGAGGAACCGGCUGCUGGAGAAAAUACUUUCUCUUGAAAAAGAAAAAGAAGAACACAAUCGUCUUCUUGGAGAGAAGGACAAAGAAAUCCAAAACCUGAAAGCCAAGCUUAGAUCCAAAACCAAGAAUAGUGAAGUCUCCUCAUUACAAAGUCAACUAGAGGAAAAAACAAAGGAAGCAGAAAGGCGAGAACAGCUACUUCGUUCUCUAUCAGAAGAAAUGAACCGGUUAAAGUGUAAUUUAUCCACUGUUACUGCAAAGUGUUCUGAGCUUGAAAACAGAGCUGGUAGUCUUCAAGCAUCCCAGGAAACUGUAACAAACAGCACUGGAUCACCAACUAGUCUUCAUGAAGUUGAAAACCAACUGAAAGAUGCUCUUGAGAAAAACCAGCAGUGGCUACUAUAUGACCAGCAACGUGAAGCGUAUGUCAGGGGACUGCUUAGAAGGAUCUUUGAACUUGAACAGAAGUCAGAAAUAGCUAGUCACCAAGAAUCUAAAGAAUUCAAUUCAGAAGGUCAACUACAAGAAGAAAAACAAAAAUACUAUGACCAGCUGUUACUAACUGCGAAGAGUGAUCUUGAGACUGAAAGACACACUAUAACCCAGCUGAAAUCUGAACUUAACGAAUUCAAAAAGAAGUACGAAGAAACACAACAAGAAGUAAUGAGUUUAAAUGCCUUAUUGCAGUUGCAGCAGGUUGCUGAAAUGAAGACUUUAGAAAAUGAAAAUAAAAUGAAAGGAGAGAAGGUGCAGAGACUAAAACAAGAAAACGAAAGUAUUAAAGGACAGCUCAGAGAAGAAAAGAAGAAGUCUGAAGACCUUUUAUGUCAGGUGCAACUUCUUCGUAAAUCGUUGCGCAAACAGCAGGAGGAACACACUAGGAUAGCUUUGUUGGAACAACAGAUCCAGAUAUGCACCACAGACUUUGAGAAUGAAAAGCUUGAUCGCCAGAACUUGCAGCAUCAGUUAAACAAAGUCCUUAUGGAACUGCGCAAGGCCAGGGAGCAAAUAACCCGUCUGGAACCUCUGAAACUCCAGGAAUCUGGACGUAUGGAACCGGAAGAAGAUUUGGAAGCUGCGUUUGAAGAGAAGCUGACCACGUAUGACAGAAGUCCUCCCCUGAAACAUUCAAGCCUUCUUGAUGAAAGUUUUCUCGAGUGUCCCAGAUGUAAAGUGCAGUAUCCAACAAGCCAGCAUAGAGAACUGUUAGCACAUAUUGACUUCUGUACAGCUUGAGCUCCAAAUGGACUUACUGUAUUUGCUUUAUACACACUGCCA